GAGGCGCCUCUGAUCGGGCGGUUGUACUCAUAGACCACAAUCCGGUGGGACUCGUGGACAGCACUAAAGACUACGAUCUGGACGUAAAUGACUCUCAAUUUGCAAACACAACGACCCAUACGUUGGAUAUUAUUGUGGAAAACACGGGUCGAGCGAAGAUUGGAGGAGGAAUUAAUACGGCCCGCAAAGGUCUAAACGGUGACGUGACUAUCGACGGGAAAAUAGGGUCACAUUUUGAGACAUUUCCCAUUGAAUUGAAACAACAAUUUGUUCAACAAAUGAAUGAAUUGAAGGGAAAGCCAUUCGUUGAGGGCAUCAAAAGUCCAUCACUUUAUAGGUUAUCAUUGGAUAUAAAGGAGAGUCCGAGCGAUACGUUUG